CGGGGCGGUGGUUGCGUCAGAUUCUGGGACGCUGUCGGCGCGGCCGCGAGUGCGGCGUUCCAACGAUGGCAGGUUCCUCCGCGGAGCACGCUCCCGACUACAGGUCCGUCCUGAGCAUUAGUGACGAGGCAGCCAGGGUGCAGGCCCUGAACGAGCACCUGAGCACGCGUAGCUAUGUCCAGGGCUUCUCCCUGUCCCAGGCGGACGUGGACGCGUUCAGGCAGCUCUCAGGCCCUCCUGCCGACGCGCAGCUCUUCCACGUGGCUCGGUGGUUCAGGCACGUGGCCGCGAUCCUGGGCAGCCCCCGCGCCCCAGCCCCGCCCUGUGGGCUCCAAGCAAGCAGAGGCCGGCGCACGCAGCCCCCGUGGUCUCCUCCAGCCGGGUCCGAGCCGUGCCAGCUCCGCCUGUACAACAGCCUGACCCGGAGGAAGGACGUGUUUGUACCUCAAGACGGGCGGAGGGUGACGUGGUACUGCUGCGGGCCCACCGUCUACGACGCCUCCCACAUGGGGCACGCCAGGUCCUACAUCUCCUUCGAUAUCUUGAGAAGAGUGCUGAGAGAUUACUUCAAGUUUGACGUCUUUUAUUGCAUGAACAUCACAGACAUUGAUGAUAAGAUCAUCAAGAGGGCCCGGCAGAACUACUUGUUUGAGCGGUAUCGGGAGAAGCAGCCCCAGGCAGUGCAGCUCCUGGAGGACGUGCACGCUGCCCUGCAGCCGUUUUCAGCAAAGUUACGCGAGACCUCGGAUCCCGACAAGAGGCAGAUGCUGGAGCGCCUGGAGCGCGCCGUGAGGCUGGCGGCGGAGCCGCUGGAGGAGCCGGCGCGGCGCGGCCUGGCGGGGGAGGAGCUGGACGGCCGCGUGCAGGUGCUGUUGGAAGAAGCAAAGGACCUGCUUUCUGACUGGCUGGAUUCCAUGCAUGGCAGUGAAGUGAGCGACAAUUCUAUUUUCUCCAAACUGCCCAAGUUCUGGGAAGCGGAGUUCCACAAAGACAUGGAAGCCCUGAACGUCCUCCCUCCAGAUGUCCUAACCCGCGUUAGUGAGUACGUGCCGGAGAUCGUGGACUUCGUCCGGAAGAUUGUGGACAACGGUUAUGGCUACGUUUCAAACGGGUCCGUCUACUUCGACACGGUGAAGUUUGCCAACAGUGAGGGACACUGCUACGGGAAGCUGGUGCCUGAGGCCGUCGGGGAUCAGAAAGCCCUGCAGGAGGGGGAAGGCGACCUGAGCGUCUCGGCCGAGCGCCUGAGUGAGAAGCGGUCCCCCAGCGACUUCGCCCUCUGGAAGGCCUCCAAGCCCGGGGAGCCAUCCUGGCCGUGCCCCUGGGGAAAGGGGCGUCCAGGGUGGCACAUCGAGUGCUCGGCCAUGGCAGGCACCCUCCUCGGAGCCUCAAUGGACCUUCACGGAGGGGGCUUCGACCUCCGCUUCCCCCACCAUGACAAUGAGCUGGCGCAGUCGGAGGCCUACUUUGAAAACGACUGCUGGGUCAGGUACUUCCUGCACACGGGCCACCUGACCAUCGCCGGCUGCAAGAUGUCCAAGUCGCUCAAGAACUUCAUCACCAUUAAAGACGCGCUGAAGAAGCACUCAGCCCGGCAGCUGCGCCUGGCCUUCCUCAUGCACUCGUGGAAGGACGCGCUGGACUACUCGGCCAACACCAUGGAGUCGGCGCUGCAGUACGAGAAGCUCCUGAACGAGUUUUUCUUAAACGUGAAAGAUCUCCUCCGAGCCCCCGUUGAGGUAGCCGGUCAGUUUGAGAAGUGGGAAGACAAGGAAACAGAGCUGAACAAGAGCUUUUACGACAAGAAGGCCGCGGUUCACGAGGCGCUCUGUGAUAACGUCGACACGCGCACCGUCCUGGAGGAGAUGCGGGCUCUGGUCGGCCAGUGCAACCACUACAUGGCAGCGCGGAAGGCCGCCAGGAGGAGGCCCAACCGCGCCCUGCUGGAGAGCAUCGCCCGGUACCUCACGCACAUGCUGAAGAUCUUCGGGGCCAUAGAAGAGGAAAGCUCCCUGGGUUUCCCCGUUGGAGGACCUGGAACCAGCCUCAACCUCGAGCCCACAGUCAUGCCGUACCUGCAGGUGUUGUCGGAGUUCCGGGAAGGAGUGCGAAGGGUCGCCCGUGAGCACAGAGUCCCCGAGGUCCUGCAGCUCAGCGAUGCCUUGCGGGACGACAUCCUGCCUGAGCUGGGGGUGCGGUUUGAAGACCAUGAAGGACUGCCCACUGUGGUCAAGUUGGUGGACAGAGAUACCUUACUGAGAGAGAGAGAAGAGAAGAAAAGGGCUGAAGAAGAAAAGAGAAGGAAGAAAGAGGAGGCCGCCAGGAAGAGACAAGAGCAGGAAGCGGCAAGGCUGGCCAAGAUGAAGGUUCCGCCCAGCGAGAUGUUCUUGUCAGAAAGCGACAAGUAUUCCAAGUUCGAUGAAAACGGUCUGCCCACACACGACACGGAAGGCAAAGAGCUGAGCAAAGGGCAGGCCAAGAAGCUGAAGAAGCUCUUCGAGGCCCAGGAAAAGCUGCACCAGGAAUACCUGCAGCUGGUUCAGAAUGGAAGCAUCCCGUGAAGGUGGGGCCGAGGCUCCACACCGCCCCGGGGGCACCAGCUCCCCGCCCCGGGGACUCUGCCGCCCGCCCUCGGGGCCUAAGUUAAGGGUUCUGUCCGGAGAGGGCUGGGCCACCUCCGGCUCUGAAACGUCAGCAAUAAAGUCUUCCCAACGCGAGGCCGGGCUCUGUCUGCCGUCACCCUGCAUGGUCAGCGCACGAGGGGGCCCGGCCGGGCUGCGUGGUCAGCAGGUCACGACACGGGAGCUCAGGCCACUGAGCGGCUG